AUGUUGAACGACUUCGCAAUUAAUGAUAAAUGUUACGACGCAACUAAUAUUCGCUACAACUCGUCUUAUAUUCCUUCUUCUAUCAAAAUAUAUUCCGAUUCCAAGUCAUGCGAUGCCGCGAUCCUCGCUUCUCAAAAAGGUUGGUUCGCCAAGGUUGGAAAAUCAAAGGAAGGCAAUUUAGGUCCUUCUGACAACCUUCCAUACUGUCCUUCUCAUCUUCUGGAGUUCCAUGUGUCACCAACGGCUGUUUUGAACCCCGGCAACACGUGUGUUCUAUUUCUUCAAUGGUUUAACCAUCAAGAGUUCAGUUAUCCUUACAUGGACCUCAACAUUUCGGUCACGCCUCACCAGAAAGUUUCUUCACUGUUCAUCCGUCUGCAUUGCGUGUAUGCUCCUGACGGCGAGGACACUUAUUGUCAUGGUCAUAAGGAAAUGGUCAGCUUGUGUUUAUCCGAGAAUAAUUAUUCAUUAAAUAUUUCAGACGGUGAACGGAGUUUGGUUGUGGCCAUGUCGGGGACUUUCAUUGAACGGUGUUGACGUUGAGGUUUGUUGUUCUUUUUUUUCGACAGUGUCCGACUUUUCGCUUUUGAGGUUCCGUUCCGUUUUGGCUACGGCUGUUUUCGAUUAUUCGCUCACUCCCAAUAUCUUAUCAACGCUACCGUCUAUCCACAGAAAUGCAGGUUUUUCCAAAUCAUAUUUUUAUCGAUGUUAAUAUGAGAAAUUCCAGAUCCACGCUUCUUGUGACUGCUCCUGUAGAUAGUCAGCUAUUUCCAUCCAUAAAAGAGUACUACGAAGAAAGAGGAUCGAAAAAGGUUGGUUUCUUGUUUUAGGAUUUAUUUAUUCUUUUAUUUUUGAUUUUUUUCUAAAGAAUUCACUCGAUGUAGUAUUUUUUUAAAUUCAUUCCUGGUAGUUGACCAUAAUUUUUGCGUGUUACAAGUUCCUCCCGCAGAGAGCUCUUGAUGUUUGAAGUUAAUCAAUAGAUAAUACACCAGAAAAAGGAAUUCGGAAAAGUUUCAGAUUUGAUGUCCAAAAAUUUUAUCGAAAGUUUUGAGUUGACCAAAAAUAAUUUCUGAAGGUACUUUUUUUGCAAAAAAAUUUUUCAACUUUACAAAAAAAUUAUUGGAAAUCUUCUCACCACUUCUGUUUGCAAGCGUUUCUUUUUUCAUGUUUGAAGGUUAUAGGAAACCAGUGAGAAUGAGCUGGAGAACGCGUGGUCUCCCAUGUUGAUACUCGAUUUGAGCGAUGUCGAUGGAGUGUGGUUCAGAGUGCAACCUUUUCCCGAAAACUUGGGUUUUCAUAACCUCAGUUUCGAAAGAAACCAAGCUAUUUCAGUUGGGAGUGUGUCGUUGCGCGUUUUUCGCCGGGAUUUGCAAAAAGAUGACGAUUCGCUGGUCCUUUCGCGAUCUUUUGAAGUCGAGUCGCCCUAUAGCGGAGUCAAGGUCUAGUUUGUUACUAACAGGCACAAUCGAAUUUUUUUUUCAAUUUUUGCAUUUCAAAAAAAGAUCAACUCAAAAAGUUAUCGAGGAAGUUGGAAAACUUUUUAUUUUUUUUUCUUAAUUUUUGGCUAUUUUGUGUUUAUUUUCAAACUCGAAUAUUAAAUAAAAUCAAGGAUUUUGAAAAAGUUAAAAGAAGUCAGUUUUCUCAUCUGAGAAAUCAUAAAUUUUGCUUCCAGUGGCACGACGUCCCGAGUGGAGACUAUUUAGUUUAUGCCUACGUCCAACGUCAUGAUUGUCUCCUGAUUUGUGACCAGGCUUCUAAGGUUUGAGACCUGAAUCGGAGAAUAAUAAUCAAAAAUGAACUGGAGGGAUGCCAAGUCUGCCCUCACACUGAGCUGAACUUCACGAUGGCCGAGCAUCGAGCAGGAUUCUCUUGGCGCGCAGUCAGGGCGAUCCGCGACAGCGGCGUCCAGCUUUUCGUUUUCCUUCUCUGUAUGUAGUUUGCUCGAAUUGAAUUUCAAACCUCCAAUCUUUGAGGCAUCUUUGCCGCUAUGACGGUCCUAGGCGUUCUGUACUGCUUCUAUCUCCAAAGACGCUCCAAACAUCGGACUGCGCAAGAACUUCCGCUGCUGCGUCGCAUCCGCGUCCUACCCAUUUAUUCCGACGACUGUGAGGAGCACACGAAGUGUGUUUCUGCACUGGUCGAGAUUCUGAAGAACGACGCGAAUUCGCACGUUUUCUUCGACGCAGAGGAGCUCAAUGUGCCAGGUUUGUGGACGUUUGCGACCGAAAAAUAUCUAUUUUCCCAUUCACCUAAUUAUUAUAUGUUUCUGGGAUGCAUUGGAUAAUUUCUGUCAUUUUUUUUUUGUUGUGAGUUUCGAGUUUUUAAGAGACAUAUAGAGUUCUCAACAUUUAUUGAGCGAAAAAAAAGAAUAUUCUCACUAGUCAGUGAAAUCUAGAAGGUUUCAGGAGUGAAACCGUCUCGCUGGCUCGUGGACACAUUCUGCAAGACGGACAAAUGUCUGGUGCUCGUGUCGCCUUGUGUUCCCGAGCUUCUCCGUCUUGAUUCCGACUGUGGCGAAAAACGUCGACUGCGCCAGAACCGACCCUUUCCGGACCUCUUCGUUCCAGGAGUGGAUAUGGUCAUACGGGUUGGUGGUUCUCUGCAGGAAAAACUUGAAUCGUUGUUUUUUGAGGAGUGCACAAGAGUUCCGUCAAGCGUCGUCCAACCGGAGCAGGGCUUCUUGGCCUCUGAACGUCGAUUUGCCGUCGUUCGCUUCUCUUACUCUCCUCCGACGCCUCCUCAGCUUUCUGCUCUGGGCCUGGAAACUUUCAAUCGUGGGUUGAUUAUUUUUCUUGAAAAUUAGGUCUGAGAAGAAUUUGGUGUGCUUGUUAUAUAGGAAACGAACAUAUUUUAUCAGAAAACUGAAAGAAACAAAAACUAGAGUCAAACUAGAGAUUCCAAAGUUAUCUUUCGCUUGGUUUCUCUUUUCAAAUUCAAAGUCUUACUGGUUUUUUCAAUCUUCAGCCAAAUUAUUUUCAUCAUUGCCAGUGAGAAGGUGAAAAAAAUUGGUUUUUUGUUCUUUAACGUGUCUUCAAUUUUUGGAGAUUUUUUCACUCUUCUUGACUUUUUCCUUUCUUUAAUUCUUUCUAGAGACUUUAUGUUCAAUCAAAUUUGAAAUGAGAGAAUUUUCAGUUCCCGAGCAUUUCUCACGUCUAACUGCGUUCCUUCAUGACGUCAACGCAUCUUCUAACGAGAUAGUUCAUAAUGUAAGCGAAGAUCAUCGUAUUGGCGUUAUAUUCACGGCUCCAGAUUGCCGCCAAUCGCUUCGGAGCCUUCGUCAAAGCAACUGAAGAUAUGGAGGAAAUGAUGAAAUCGGCGGACGAUUGGAUGGAAUCGCGAUGGGAUAUUGAGGUACAUUUUUUGAUAGGAGAGGGUUUUUUUUUUGGCUUUUUCAAAACUUUUCAUAUCUUCUCUCUUUUUUCAACUUUUUUCUCUCUCAAAACUUUUAUCAAUUCUUCAUUUUAUAUCAUAAUGAAUAAAUGGACAGGAGCCGGUGACCAGUGUGACUGACGUGGUCGACGAUAUUUCGUUCAUCUCCAAAACUCCUGCCCAAACUGCCGCCGAAGCAGCAGCCGAGUUCGGCAUUUUGCCUCCAGAUAAUGUUUCAUUUUUCCUUUUUUUCGAAAUUCUAAUAUAAUCCUCAGAUGGAAGACGAAGAAGAGGACGAUCAUUCAAACUUCAAGCUGCUACCGCCUGACUCGGAUUCGGAUUCAUCGACGACUUGA